AUGGCCGAAACCGGAUCCGCCGAUGGCGGUUACUUUGCCAUGGGAGAGCGAUGCAGAUCUGCCUCGCCAAGCUCCAUACACAGCGACAACAUGUCAAUGCAUCUUGCGGCGCCGUCAGCCACCAUGGCGUCUCUCACUGCACUGCAGUACCUGCCAGUCCCUAUCCUCGUACUAUCAUCGCAGAAGACUGUCAUAUUGGCUAAUGAAGCCAUGGCCCCUACGACUGCUGCAAAAAAUACACUUUCUUCCAGCCGCAUGGUCAAUCGAACCAACACGGGGGCGUAUCUUGACAAGUCGCGCAGCUCUGGUUCAAGCACUUCUUCAGGUCGCCGUUCAGGCAGUAACUCGAAUGGCGCAUCCAAAGUAGUCACACCUACACUACAACAACCAGAAUUUCCUCCUCGUGGCCCUCCUACCAAGGGCAACGGCGACAUGGCUGCUUCUGCCUCGGUCUUUCAAAAGGCAACCCAGCUCAAAGACGCCAUUUUGAAUUCUAUUACCAUGCCCGCGUAUGCACAGAUUGAAGAGAACGAAAAGCAAUUCGAAUACAUCGCCAACUUCAUGCCGGUUAUGGUUUGGACGACUACUCCUGACGGAAUGCAUGACUGGUUCUCUCAACGCUGGUACGACUACACGGGCCUCACUCCUGAUAAAUCCCUCGGGGAAGGUUGGAGACUACCAUUCCAUCCAGACGACAUGGCCACAACUGCUCCGCGUUGGUUCCAUUCGCUAAAGACCGGCGACGAAUACAACACGGAAUACCGGUGUCAACGCUACGAUGGAGAGUGGCGAUGGAUGUUAGGGCGAGCCCUGCCGUUCUACGACGACUCGGGACGAAUAGUCAAGUGGUUUGGCACGUGCACUGAUAUCCAUGACCUGGUAAUGGCCCGACAAGAAGCACGACAAACGAGAGAACAAUUGCAGCAAGUUAUCCAAUACGCGAAGAUCGUUCUGUGGGUCAUCGACCGCAACAACGAAGUCAAGGUCCUUGAGGGCGAUAUUACACCUCAUGAACGCAUGAAAAAGAAAGAACUGCUCGGAAGAAACAUUCUUGACGUAUUCGAGCUGACCGGCAACGAUCGAAAGCGCUGGCAAGGACCGAUCCAAGAGAUUCUCCAAGGGAAACAGUCUGAUGAAAUCGUGAACGGGGGAUACAUGUCAGAAGCUCGCUAUUACCGGACUCGCCUAGUGCCACUCAUGAGCGCCUCUCGAACAGCAGGCAUCGAAGGAAACGCUUUUGUCGACGGUGUCAUUGGUGUCUCGAUGGACAUUACAGAGCUACGUGAAAGAGAAGAACAGUUGAAGGAACAGGAGAAGGAAAAUUCGAGGCUCCUCGCCAACGAAGCGGCAGCAAAGGAAGCGAGUCGCAUGAAAUCCCAAUUCUUGGCCAACAUGUCGCACGAGAUUCGGACACCUAUAGCCGGCGUGAUCGGCAUGAGCGAGCUUUUGUUUGACAUGAACCUCAACGAUGAGCAGAAAGACUGUGCUGAAAACAUACACCGAUCUGCAAACAGCCUCCUGACCGUAAUCAAUGACAUAUUGGAUUUCUCCAAAGUUGAAUCGGGAAGACUGGAUGUUGAAGAAGUGCAGUUCAGCCUGAGCGUAGUUCUUCGGGAUGUCAACAAGAUGAUGUCGUUUGCCGCACAGAGGAAAGGUCUAGACUACCAGAGUUCCAUCCAAGAUGAGGUGCAAGCGGAUCUGCGAGUGAUGGGAGAUCCAGGCAGAUUGCGACAGAUCCUGACCAACGUGCUUACGAACAGCAUCAAAUUUACUUCCGUGGGUACCGUCAAACUCUCAGUCAUGAUCAGUCAGGAGUCCAAGGAUAUGGUUACGGUGAACUUCAGUGUGGUCGAUACGGGCAUUGGAAUAGAGGAGGAGGUGCGCAAGAGGCUUUUCCAACCGUUCAGCCAGGCAGACUCAUCCACAGCUCGGCGGUUUGGCGGUACCGGCUUGGGAUUAACCAUCAGCAAGAACUUGGUCGAACUCAUGAAAGGUCAGAUAUGGCUGGACUCGAAACUGGGUCAAGGCACCACUGCUACAUUCUGGAUACCGUUCAUGCGCGCUCCAUCACAAGACGGUGAAUCGCCGCUUGUGCAUCUCGAAUCGAUUCCAGACCGGCUUCAAAGUGACAUGUCAGUCUCUUGUGGCAGCUCAGAAGGUCACACACCACCUUUGACACCACAACUUUCCAAUGGAAAUUCGGCAUACCCAAUGAUCAAACCAAGCAUUCCGGACCAUCUCAUCAGUCUCUCAGAGAGCGAAAGACAGCAAGUCCAUAUCUUGGUCGUCGAGGACAAUCACAUCAAUCAGCAAAUUGCACUCAAGACGAUCAAGAAGCUGCACUUCUCUGUCAAUGCAGUAUGGAAUGGACAAGAGGCACUGGAGUAUUUGACCCAAAAGUUUAGCCCAUCACAUCCACGCCCAGACAUCAUCCUCAUGGAUGUGCAGAUGCCUAUUCGAGACGGUUAUUCUGCUACCCAUGCCAUCCGAACAGAAGCACCAUGGCGGAACAUGCCCGAGAUUCGAGGCGUCCCCAUUGUUGCCAUGACGGCCAGUGCAAUCCAAGGUGACAAGGAGAAAUGUGUCUCCUGUGGAAUGGAUGACUAUCUCGCUAAACCGGUAAAAGGAAAGCUACUGGAGAAGAACUUGACCGCCUCCAUUACCAAAGCGACACAGCACUUGCCAGAUCCACCGAAAACGAAGGCAAUCGAGCUUGGCGCGCCCGGUAUUACAGCAUUCCCGCCAUCGCGAGAGUGA